AUGAUUAACGUCGGGCGUUUCAAGUUGCCACCAAUUAAGAAUGUGCUGGAUGUGGCCAUGCAGACUGUCAGGCAGCAGGUACCAGAACGACCUGGGACUGCACCGCGCCCACCACAAAAUGUCCGGUUCGCCAAUUCAGACAUGGGAGAAAGCUGUGAGCUAUCAACAAUGAACGAGACGACAUCACCGUCAUACCAGUCUACGAACCCGAGCAACCCAUUUCUGAGCGGACAGCUUCAGGCUGAAGAUUCCUUCACCAGUUAUCAAAACACAUAUCCACAACAAGAUGGCGCUCCCAGAACUCAGAGCAUGCAAAGCGUUGACUUUUACGCCUCAUCGGAAGAGGGUGGGUUCGAAGAGGGUGCUGGUAGCCCAGGUGCGAAGAUCAAUGAGUUUCAAGCUGCCUGGAACGUCACAAAUGCUAUCCAGGGUAUGUUCGUUGUAUCGUUGCCGUUUGCUGUGCUCCAAGGAGGAUACUGGUCAAUAGCCGCCAUGGUUGGUAUCGCCCACAUCUGCUGUUACACAGGCAAGAUUCUAGUAGAUUGUCUCUACGAAGAUGACCCAGUUUCUGGUCAACGAGUACGAGUCCGCGAUUCUUACGUCAGCAUCGCCAAAGAAUGCUUCGGAAGAAAAUAUGGCGCUAAAAUUGUGAAUAUCGCACAAAUUAUUGAACUUCUGAUGACUUGUAUCUUGUACGUUGUGGUUUGUGGGGAUUUGAUGAUUGGAACCUUCCCUGAUGGUUCAAUCGACACCCGAUCCUGGAUGAUGUUAACAGGCAUAUUCCUUUUGCCUCUGGCAUUUUUAAAGUCCCUCAAAAGCGUCAGUAUGCUGUCUUUCUGGUGUACCAUGAGCCACUUAAUAAUUAACGCCAUUGUUCUUGGCUAUUGCAUUCUUUAUAUUGGUGAAUGGGGUUGGUCUAAAGUGAAAUGGAACCUCGAUUUGGAAAACUUCCCCAUCAGUCUGGGUGUCAUCGUCUUCUCAUAUACUUCCCAAAUAUUCUUACCCACCUUAGAGGGCAACAUGGAAGAUAGAUCUAAAUUUGAGUGGAUGUUAAAUUGGUCUCAUAUCGCUGCUGCUGCAUUCAAAGCCACAUUUGGAUAUUUCUGUUUUCUGACAUUCCAAAACGACACCCAGCAGGUUAUAACAAAUAACCUCAGAUCUGCUGGCUUCAAGGGACUCGUAAACUUUUUCCUCGUGAUUAAAGCUGUGCUAAGCUACCCCCUUCCUUAUUACGCGGCCUGUGAUCUGCUUGAACGUGUUCUGUUCCGAGGGAAACCCAAAACAGUCUUUCCCCCAAUUUACGCUUUGGAUGGCGAGCUGAAGGUUUGGGGUCUAGCAUGGCGACUCGGUGUGAUAAUGUUUACGAUACUCAUGGCAGUAUUCAUUCCUCAUUUCCUGAUACUCAUGGGCUUUAUUGGCAGUUUCACUGGUACGAUGUUGAGCUUCAUUUGGCCUGCGUACUUCCAUUUGAAAUUGAAGGCUAAUCAGCUCGACAGUACCACUGUUGCCUAUGACUAUUUCAUUAUUGGUUUGGGCGUAUUAUUCGGCCUAAUCGGAAUGUACGAUUCUGGUUCUGCUCUUAUAAAAGCAUUCAAAAUAGGGUUGCCGUUUUAA